CCCCGUGCCACGCCGGCCGAUUGUAGAUAAAGGGCGUUUACCAGCAUCACCCAUCCAAUCAUCCACUGUGACGCUGUGUAGUGUGCGUACUGCUGCUACUGCUCGCACCUCGGCUCGCACUCGCAACCCGCUCCCCGCCACCUCCUUUUCAACCCAAAGACCCGUUUCUCGGACGCCGCGCCCCGCGCCUUCCGCUUAAACCCCGCAGCGCCGUGCAUCACCGCCGCCGCCGCCGCUCAGCAGUCAUGCACGAGUGCGCCGUGGCGCAAUCCUAACCGCACCGCGCCUAAGGUCUCUCCACGGUGGUCUGAAAGUCAAGUUAUUAGUACGACGCCAUGGUGGCAGGCCGUGUCAAGGCGGCCAUGGGCUUCCAGCGCAGCAGCCCAAAGUCGCCGGCGCCGGAAGCGGCGUCUCCAUCUCCUUCCCGGACGCCUAGCCGGGCGCCUCCCCCGUCGGGCUCCGCGUCCACCACCGCCGGCUCGGCGCCGUCCAAGGCGUCGGCGCUCGCGCGGUCCUUCGGCGCCUACUUCCCGCGGUCCUCGGCGCAGGUGCGCCCCGCCGCCGCCCGCGCGCCGCCGCAGGUCGCGGAGCUGCUGCGCGCCAUCGAGCAGCUCCAGGAGCGGGAGUCGCGCCUCCGCGUGGAGCUGCUGGAGCAGAAGAUACUCAAGGAGACCGUCGCCAUCGUCCCGUUCCUGGAGGCCGAGCUCGCGGCCAAGAGGAGCGAGCUCCAGCGGUGCAGGGACACCGCGGACCGCCUCGAGGCCGAGAACGCGCGGCUGUGCGCCGAGCUCGACGCCGCCGCGCUCGAGGUCACGAGCAGGAAGCAGAGGAUCGUCGAGCUGGAGAAGGAAAUGGCGGAGCUGCUGAGGAAGCAACAGGAGGCGGCGGACGCCGACGACUGCUCCUCGUCCGCUUCGGCGCCGAAUAACGAGCAUCUCGAGAGCUCAUCCACCGCGGCGCCAAACCGUGCGAGUUUGGCUCAGCUUGGUGCGGAGCGGCCGUACAUUCCGCCGCCCCCAGCGCCGCCGCCAGCAGCGCCUUUCAAGCCCAACAAGUCCUACUUCUCCGCGUCGUCGCACCCUUCGCCCGCUACAAGCUCGUCGCCACCCUCGCCGUCUUCCUCCACGUCCACCUCGUCGUCUUCACCGGCGCACUCCCGCUCGUCGUCGGAUACGGCAGCCGCUCCAAGACCCCGCGUGAUAGUAGAGCUCUCCAAGCUGCCACCCAUACCUCCGCCGCCGCCGCUAUGCCAUCCUCCGCCACCGCCACCUCCACCUCCCAGCAGGAGCAAGAGAUUCUCUCCCUCGAGCUCAGCCAGAGUCGACGGGAGCGCAGCCGCCACCGCCGCCGGCCCACCUCCCCCGCCUCCUCCCCCUCCGGCAAGGAGGCCGCCGUUCGGCGCCGCGCCACCACCGUCGGGGCAAUGCGACGUCAGGCGCGUGCCCGAGGUGGUGGAGUUCUACCACUCGUUAAUGCGGCGGGAAUCCAAGAGGGACGGCGGUGUCGGAAGUGAGGCCACGAACGGCGCCGGCGUGGCGACGACGCGCGACAUGAUCGGCGAGAUCGAGAACCGGUCGGCUCACCUCCUCGCGAUCAAGUCGGACGUGGAGAGGCAGGGCGACUUCAUCCGGUUCCUGAUCAAGGAAGUGGAGGGCGCGGCGUUCGUGGGCAUCGAGGACGUCGUGAGCUUCGUCAAGUGGCUGGACGACGAGCUGUCGCGCCUGGUGGACGAGCGCGCGGUGCUGAAGCACUUCGAGUGGCCGGAGCACAAGGCGGACGCGCUCCGCGAGGCCGCGUUCGGCUACUGCGACCUCAGGAAGCUGGAGGCGGAGGCGGCCUCGUUCCGCGACGACGACGCGCGGCAGCCCUGCGCCGCCGCGCUCAAGAAGAUGCAGGCGCUCUUCGAGAAGCUGGAGCACGGCGUGUACAACCUCGCCCGCGUCCGGGACGCCGCCACGAGCCGGUACACCCGGUUCCAGAUCCCCUGGGAGUGGAUGAAGCAGGACACCGGCAUCGUCAGCCAGAUCAAACUCCAGUCGGUGAAGUUGGCAAUGAAGUACCUGAAACGGGUCUCCUCCGAGCUUGAGGUAAUCAAGGGAGGCCCUGAAGAGGAGGAACUGAUGCUUCAAGGAGUACGGUUCGCCUUCAGAGUACACCAGUUUGCAGGUGGAUUCGACGUGGACACCAUGCGAGCCUUCCAGGAGCUCAAGGAGAAGGCGUCCAUGUGCCGGAUACAACGGCACAAGCAGCACCGUCAUCUGCGGCAGCACAGACUUGUCGCCAGGGCCUGAGGAGUGAUGACCAGAGCAUGCAGUUCUUAUAUGGUCGAUCUAUCUAUACGCCAUCAUCUCGUCCGUCGCCAGUGGCAUAGUAUGAUUUGUCGAUUGUUUUUUCUUUUUCUCCUUUUGCUGCGAGAAAUAGUUGAGGAUUGUCUAUUCUGCUGUAAACGCUCCAGUAAUGUAACUAAUGAACAACCUCUGUAUCUUUUUAGGAGAAAUCUGUGUUUAUUACAGGCUCAUCCUUCGUUCUUCCAAUAUCUGUUUUUGUCAAAAGCAUUGUGCUUAUUACUGAUUAUUGUAUGUAAAAUUUGCCGCUA